CGCCCAAUCCACUCGGCUGGCUGUGCUCCCUCGUGCUAAUGGCGGCAUUGGCCGCAUCUUUUUACAAAGAUAGAGCUAAAAUUCGACAUGGGUUCUGCUCAUUCUUCAUGCUCUCUCCUUACAACUUCCUCCACUCAACAUUUCUGCUUUCCCCAAUCGCCAAUUUGCGUAUCAAAGUUACGUCCAGCAAAUCAGAAUCAAAUCAGAUCUAUCAAAUUCACUUCUCACUCUUUUCGUUGUUGUUCCUCUCCACAGAAUUUGCCUUUAAGGUGUAAUCAAGUAGGUGAAUUUGAAACCCAAGUGAAGUCUUUCAAAACCAUGGCGGAUAUUCAUGGCAUUGAUCAAGAGUUGCUGAACAAGAUUGUCUAUGACGCUCUUGUUUGGAGUUCUCUACAUGGACUUGUUGUUGGUGAUAAGUCAGUGAAGAGAUCAGGAACAAUACCUGGUGUAGGUUUGGUUCAUUCGCCAAUUGCCUUGUUGCCUGGGUCAUUUCCUGAAACUCAUUGGAAGCAAGCAUGUGAGUUAGUCUCCAUUUUUAAUGAAUUAGUCGAUCGAGUGAGCUUGGAUGGGAAAUUUCUACAGGAAUCAUUAUCUAGAACCAAAAAAGCGGAUGAUUUUACGUCUAGACUUUUAGAUAUUCAUUCCAAGAUGCUUCAGAUGGACAAAAAAGAGGAAAUUCGCCUGGGUUUACAUCGCUCAGAUUAUAUGCUUGAUGAGAAAACAAAAUUACUUCUUCAAGUAGAGCUCAACACCAUAUCAUCUUCAUUUGCUGGACUUAGUCAAAUAGUCAGUAAACUUCAUAGUGACUUACUUGAUCAAUAUGGGGAAGUCCUUGGAUUAGACUCUAGAAUGAUUCCUGAAAAUAAUUCCGGUAAUCAGUCUGCUGAGGUAUUGGCCAAAGCUUGGACCGAAUAUAACAACCCAAGUGCUGUUAUUAUGAUUGUGGUUCAAGCCGAGGAACGCAACAUGUAUGAUCAACAUUGGCUUUCUGUUCAUUUGAGGAAAAGACAUAAUGUCAAGACUAUUCGGAAAACAAUGGCAGAAAUCGAUCGGGAGGGAGAACUUCAAUCUGAUGGAACACUCCUUGUAGAUGGCCAAGCAGUUGCAGUUGUGUACUUCAGGGCUGGAUAUACGCCUAUUGACUAUCCUUCUGAAACGGAAUGGGCGGCUAGGUUACUUGUGGAGCAGUCAUCUGCAGUCAAAUGCCCGUCCAUAUCUUACCAUUUAGCAGGCACCAAAAAAAUUCAACAGGAACUGGCAAAACCAAAUGUACUUGAAAGGUUCCUUGACAAUAAAGAGGAUAUUGCCAAGAUAAGGAGAUGCUUUGCAGGGUUGUGGAGUUUAGAUGACAAAGAUAUCGUAAGAAAAGCCAUCGAAGCACCAGACCUAUUCGUUAUGAAGCCGCAAAGAGAAGGGGGAGGGAACAAUAUCUAUGGCGAUGAUGUGAGGAAAACCCUUGUAAGAUUGCAGAAGGAAGGGAAUGUAGAAGAUGCUGCUUACAUUCUUAUGCAGAGGAUAUUCCCAUCUGUUUACCCGACGAUUUUUGUUCGAGAUGGGAUUUGUCAUAAGGAUCACGCCAUUUCAGAGCUCGGUAUAUUUGGCGCUUACUUAAGGAACAAGGACAAAGUAAUUGUGAAUGACCAAUGUGGUUACUUGAUGAGGACAAAAGUAUCUUCAUCAAAUGAGGGCGGUGUUGCAGCUGGAUUUGCUGUCUUGGACAGUAUUUACUUAACUUGACGGCUUUGAUUCCAAUUCUCCUUUGCAAAAACCCAUAGAAAAUCUCCUAUAUUGGUUGAAUUUUCUAGUUGCUUCAAUGGGAUUUGAUAAUUUGGAAUCCUAAUAAACCCUCAACUAAGGGAUAGAUUUUAUUGACAUUUAUGAUUCAUGUUACUCACCA